AUGUCGUUUCUGGGACUCGCAUUUACCAAAGCAAGUAAUAAUAAUUCCAAUAAUGAUACGACUAAUAAUAAUGUGGGUAGUAAACCCUUCAGUAUGAUGGCAGCAGCAGUUAGAGAUGGAUAUUCAGAUUAUGAAGAGGAGAUGGAGGAAGAUGUAGUUGUACAUAACAAUGAGAGAGACCUGAAGUCAAAGUUUGCGUCACCUACAGAAUCAUUUAACAAGAAUGCCGCUUGGCUCAACCCACCGACGGCAGUGAAUUCCAAUUUUCAGAAGUAUGGAAUAGGUGCACAACUCUUGGUUAAAAUGGGAUAUCAAGUAGGCAAGGGUCUCGGAGCUAAUGAAGAAGGUAUUGUUAAUCCAAUAGAGACUAUGUUGCGGCCAAAGGGAUUGGGUGUAGGUGGUAUACGAGAAAGAAAGGAUUCAAAUCGAAAGAAGGGGAACGAUGAUGUCGAUAUGGAUAUCGAAAGCAGUGACGAUGAACUGACAUCAUUACAAAAGAGAGAAUCGAUUAACUUAUACAGUAUUGUAGAAGAGUUGGAAUUGAAAAAUAUGACUGUUCCCAAAAAGUACAUCGAAUUGUCUGAUCAGUACUCUCAAAAUCAGUACUCAGAGGAUCUAUACGAUCAAGUUAAAGAGGCAUACAAUCAACUCAGCAGAAUAUCAGAAGAACUCAAUUCGCUUGAUCAACAAGAAAAGUUCAUAACAUAUCAGUUAAAGGAUAUAAAUCUCAAGUCAAAUACCCUUGAAUCAGAACUUUCUUCCACUGUCGUCACGUUAGAGAAAAUUGAAGAAACAUUACCGAUUCUACAGAACACGAAAGAUUCCAUCGCAAUAAUUAAAGAAGUGGAUAUACUACUUCGUUCAAUAUUGGAAACACCACUGAAAUCAUAUCCCAACAUUAGUUCAUUGUGUGGGAGCAUAGUUGCUGUGGCUAUACCAUUACUCUUCAAUGAUGGAAACAUUGAUGAGAAAAGUUCGAGCUUCAAUACAUUAGCCGAAUGGUCGAUCAUCUAUAGAGAAGUAGAAAAAAGUGCACUGUCAGAAUUGUCGUUUUUUGAUUCCUUGAUCUAUCCCCAAAUUGCAAAUCAAAUAUCGAAGACUAUUUCCCUGACGAUACCUGCAGAAGAAAGGAGUAUUCAAAUAUUGAACUAUUUGCAAUUCUGGCUUGAGUCACCGAUUAUCAUAAACCCACAAUUUUGCAUUCAAGAAAAGCUCAUGCUGGAACUAGUAAUUCCCUUCAUAUCUGAAUCAAUAGAUCAAUGGAACCCGCUUGAUCCUAAAGAUUCGUCUCCGACCUUUCUUAUUGAUUAUCUUGCCGGAGUAGUUGACGGUGAUAUUUCUUUAUUUGAAGAGAUUUUACAAAAUGUAAAUCAAAAAUAUUUGGACUUCAUAAACUAUAACAAUCCCAAAUCUAUUUGGCAAAACAUUUGCAAAGCAACUCUGAUUGAAGAAAUUGCUUGGAUAGAAGAAAUCAACAAAUUUACCAAAGUAUGGAUUCCUCUUUUCAAGGAAUACCCACAAUUAGAUUUUGCUGCAUCCAAUGGAACAGAACUUUUGGAAGCCUUGACAUGUGGACUACAGUUUCCUUUUAACAUUCGCUCGGAUCUUCGAGUAAAAUUAUUAUUAGCAUUUGAAUUGCUUUCUUUGAUAGAAGAAAAUGAUUCUGUCAUAUUACUUCAGUUCACCUGGGGCAACAAUUGGAUUGAAUCACUCUUAAGUAUGAUUGAGGAAAAUCCAUCGAGAGUCGCAGAAAGUUACAGAGAGUGGUUUAAGUAUUUUCAAGAAACAAAGAACUCGUAUCUGGAAAGAAUACUUGAUGUGAUUAAAUGGUACCUAGAUCUUGUAUUGAAUAUUAUUGAGAAUGGGAGGGACGUUGCAAAUAAACUUCCAAAUAUUAAUGGAAAUGCACACCCAGAAAAGUCUGAAGUUUUGAAGUUGAUCCAAAAUAGCACUUCGAACGAAAAGGAAGAGCAUCGCUCUGUUCAUGGUAUUCCCGCUUACCGACUAAUGACAUCAUUCAAAGAUGUCGUGGCAGAUUACUGCUUACAGAAGGGAUUACUUUUUGGCUCCGAAAAGAACAGAGUACAUCCGACAUUAGGGUAUCCACUAUACACUAUAAAGAGUUCGAGAGGUACAAAGCUCUUCUGCUAUGCCGAUCAGGAUGUGCUUUGGAUUGCACAAAGUGGCGAAGCUAUGGAAUAUGAUCCUAUUUCGCUUGACGACUUACUACUGUAUUUAUAG